AUGCGCAGUGAAGUGAGCCACAGUACUGGAAUCGACACACCAGUUAGCCUGCCAACACAUGGCAGAUGCAUGGGUGGGAUAGAAGGAGUGCAAGGGCUGACAGCAGGGGUGCAAGGGUGGAAAGCAGGGGUGCAAGGGCGGACAGCAGGGGUGCAAGGGUGGAAAGCAGGGGUGCAAGGGCUGACAGCAGGGGUGCAAGGGUGGAAAGCAGGGGUGCAAGGGCUGACAGCAGGGGUGCAAGGGUGGAAAGCAGGGGUGCAAGGGCUGACAGCAGGGGUGCAAGGGUGGAAAGCAGGGGUGCAAGGGCUGACAGCAGGGGUGCAAGGGUGGAAAGCAGGGGUGCAAGGGCUGACAGCAGGGGUGCAAGGGUGGAAAGCAGGGGUGCAAGGGCUGACAGCAGGGGUGCAAGGGUGGAAAGCAGGGGUGCAAGGGCUGACAGCAGGGGUGCAAGGGUGGAAAGCAGGGGUGCAAGGGCUGACAGCAGGGGUGCACGGGUGGGAAGCAGGGGUGCAAGGGCUGACAGCAGGGGUGCACGGGUGGGAAGCAGGGGUGCAAGGGCUGACAGCAGGGGUGCACGGGUGGGAAGCAGGGGUGCAAGGGCUGACAGCAGGGGUGCACGGGUGGGAAGCAGGGGUGCAAGGGCUGACAGCAGGGGUGCAUGGGUGGGAAGCAGGGGUGCAAGGGCUGACAGCAGGGGUGCACGGGUGGGAAGCAGGGGUGCAAGGGCUGACAGCAGGGGUGCACGGGUGGGAAGCAGGGGUGCAAGGGCUGACAGCAGGGGUGCACGGGUGGGAAGCAGGGGUGCAAGGGCUGACAGCAGGGGUGCACGGGUGGGAAGCAGGGGUGCAAGGGCUGACAGCAGGGGUGCACGGGUGGGAAGCAGGGGUGCAAGGGCUGACAGCAGGGGUGCACGGGUGGGAAGCAGGGGUGCAAGGGCUGACAGCAGGGGUGCACGGGUGGGAAGCAGGGGUGCAAGGGCUGACAGCAGGGGUGCACGGGUGGGAAGCAGGGGUGCAAGGGCUGACAGCAGGGGUGCACGGGUGGGAAGCAGGGGUGCAAGGGCUGACAGCAGGGGUGCACGGGUGGGAAGCAGGGGUGCAAGGGCUGACAGCAGGGGUGCACGGGUGGGAAGCAGGGGUGCAAGGGCUGACAGCAGGGGUGCACGGGUGGGAAGCAGGGGUGCAAGGGCUGACAGCAGGGGUGCACGGGUGGGAAGCAGGGUUGCAAGGGCUGACAGCAGGGGUGCAUGGGUGGGAAGCAGGGGUGCAAGGGCUGACAGCAGGGGUGCACGGGUGGGAAGCAGGGGUGCAAGGGCUGACAGCAGGGGUGCACGGGUGGGAAGCAGGGGUGCAAGGGCUGACAGCAGGGGUGCACGGGUGGGAAGCAGGGGUGCAAGGGCUGACAGCAGGGGUGCAUGGGUGGAAAGCAGGGGUGCAAGGGCUGACAGCAGGGGUGCAAGGGUGGAAAGCAGGGGUGCAAGGGCUGACAGCAGGGGUGCACGGGUGGGAAGCAGGGGUGCAAGGGCUGACAGCAGGGGUGCACGGGUGGGAAGCAGGGGUGCAAGGGCUGACAGCAGGGGUGCACGGGUGGGAAGCAGGGGUGCAAGGGCUGACAGCAGGGGUGCAUGGGUGGGAAGCAGGGGUGCAAGGGCUGACAGCAGGGGUGCACGGGUGGGAAGCAGGGGUGCAAGGGCUGACAGCAGGGGUGCACGGGUGGGAAGCAGGGGUGCAAGGGCUGACAGCAGGGGUGCACGGGUGGGAAGCAGGGGUGCAAGGGCUGACAGCAGGGGUGCACGGGUGGGAAGCAGGGGUGCACGGGUGGGAAGCAGGGGUGCACGGGUGGGAAGCAGGGGUGCAAGGGCUGACAGCAGGGGUGCACGGGUGGGAAGCAGGGGUGCAAGGGUUGACAGCAGGGGUGCACGGGUGGGAAGCAGGGGUGCAAGGGCUGACAGCAGGGGUGCACGGGUGGGAAGCAGGGGUGCAAGGGCUGACAGCAGGGGUGCACGGGUGGGAAGCAGGGGUGCAAGGGCUGACAGCAGGGGUGCACGGGUGGGAAGCAGGGGUGCAAGGGCUGACAGCAGGGGUGCACGGGUGGGAAGCAGGGGUGCAAGGGCUGACAGCAGGGGUGCACGGGUGGGAAGCAGGGGUGCAAGGGCUGACAGCAGGGGUGCACGGGUGGGAAGCAGGGGUGCAAGGGCUGACAGCAGGGGUGCACGGGUGGGAAGCAGGGGUGCAAGGGCUGACAGCAGGGGUGCACGGGUGGGAAGCAGGGGUGCAAGGGCUGACAGCAGGGGUGCACGGGUGGGAAGCAGGGGUGCAAGGGCUGACAGCAGGGGUGCACGGGUGGGAAGCAGGGGUGCACGGGCUGACAGCAGGGGUGCACGGGUGGGAAGCAGGGGUGCAAGGGCUGACAGCAGGGGUGCACGGGUGGGAAGCAGGGGUGCAAGGGCUGACAGCAGGGGUGCACGGGUGGGAAGCAGUGGUGCAAGGGCUGACAGCAGGGGUGCACGGGUGGGAAGCAGGGGUGCAAGGGCUGACAGCAGGGGUGCACGGGUGGGAAGCAGGGGUGCAAGGGCUGACAGCAGGGGUGCACGGGUGGGAAGCAGGGGUGCAAGGGCUGACAGCAGGGGUGCACGGGUGGGAAGCAGGGGUGCACGGGCUGACAGCAGGGGUGCACGGGUGGGAAGCAGGGGUGCACGGGCUGACAGCAGGGGUGCACGGGUGGGAAGCAGGGGUGCAAGGGCUGACAGCAGGGGUGCACGGGUGGGAAGCAGGGGUGCAAGGGCUGACAGCAGGGGUGCAAGGGUGGAAAGCAGGGGUGCAAGGGCUGACAGCAGGGGUGCAAGGGUGGAAAGCAGGGGUGCAAGGGCUGACAGCAGGGGUGCAAGGGUGGAAAGCAGGGGUGCAAGGGCUGACAGCAGGGGUGCAAGGGUGGAAAGCAGGGGUGCAAGGGCUGACAGCAGGGGUGCAAGGGUGGAAAGCAGGGGUGCAAGGGCUGACAGCAGGGGUGCACGGGUGGGAAGCAGGGGUGCAAGGGCUGACAGCAGGGGUGCACGGGUGGGAAGCAGGGGUGCAAGGGCUGACAGCAGGGGUGCACGGGUGGGAAGCAGGGGUGCAAGGGCUGACAGCAGGGGUGCACGGGUGGGAAGCAGUGGUGCAAGGGCUGACAGCAGGGGUGCACGGGUGGGAAGCAGGGGUGCAAGGGCUGACAGCAGGGGUGCACGGGUGGGAAGCAGGGGUGCAAGGGCUGACAGCAGGGGUGCACGGGUGGGAAGCAGGGGUGCAAGGGCUGACAGCAGGGGUGCACGGGUGGGAAGCAGGGGUGCAAGGGCUGACAGCAGGGGUGCACGGGUGGGAAGCAGGGGUGCAAGGGCUGACAGCAGGGGUGCACGGGUGGGAAGCAGGGGUGCAAGGGCUGACAGCAGGGGUGCACGGGUGGGAAGCAGGGGUGCAAGGGCUGACAGCAGGGGUGCACGGGUGGGAAGCAGGGGUGCAAGGGCUGACAGCAGGGGUGCACGGGUGGGAAGCAGGGGUGCAAGGGCUGACAGCAGGGGUGCACGGGUGGGAAGCAGGGGUGCAAGGGCUGACAGCAGGGGUGCACGGGUGGGAAGCAGGGGUGCACGGGCUGACAGCAGGGGUGCACGGGUGGGAAGCAGGGGUGCAAGGGCUGACAGCAGGGGUGCACGGGUGGGAAGCAGGGGUGCAAGGGCUGACAGCAGGGGUGCACGGGUGGGAAGCAGGGGUGCAAGGGCUGACAGCAGGGGUGCACGGGUGGGAAGCAGGGGUGCAAGGGCUGACAGCAGGGGUGCACGGGUGGGAAGCAGGGGUGCAAGGGCUGACAGCAGGGGUGCACGGGUGGGAAGCAGGGGUGCAAGGGCUGACAGCAGGGGUGCACGGGUGGGAAGCAGGGGUGCAAGGGCUGACAGCAGGGGUGCACGGGUGGGAAGCAGGGGUGCAAGGGCUGACAGCAGGGGUGCACGGGUGGGAAGCAGGGGUGCAAGGGCUGACAGCAGGGGUGCACGGGUGGGAAGCAGGGGUGCAAGGGUUGACAGCAGGGGUGCACGGGUGGGAAGCAGGGGUGCAAGGGCUGACAGCAGGGGUGCACGGGUGGGAAGCAGGGGUGCAAGGGCUGACAGCAGGGGUGCACGGGUGGGAAGCAGGGGUGCAAGGGCUGACAGCAGGGGUGCACGGGUGGGAAGCAGGGGUGCAAGGGCUGACAGCAGGGGUGCACGGGUGGGAAGCAGGGGUGCAAGGGCUGACAGCAGGGGUGCACGGGUGGGAAGCAGGGGUGCAAGGGCUGACAGCAGGGGUGCACGGGUGGGAAGCAGGGGUGCACGGGCUGACAGCAGGGGUGCACGGGUGGGAAGCAGGGGUGCAAGGGCUGACAGCAGGGGUGCACGGGUGGGAAGCAGGGGUGCAAGGGCUGACAGCAGGGGUGCACCGGGUGGGAAGCAGGGGGGUGCAAGGGCUGACAGCAGGGGUGCACGGGUGGGAAGCAGGGGUGCAAGGGCUGACAGCAGGGGUGCACGGGUGGGAAGCAGGGGUGCAAGGGCUGACAGCAGGGGUGCACGGGUGGGAAGCAGGGGUGCAAGGGCUGACAGCAGGGGUGCACGGGUGGGAAGCAGGGGUGCAAGGGCUGACAGCAGGGGUGCACGGGUGGGAAGCAGGGGUGCAAGGGCUGACAGCAGGGGUGCACGGGUGGGAAGCAGGGGUGCAAGGGCUGACAGCAGGGGUGCACGGGUGGGAAGCAGGGGUGCAAGGGCUGACAGCAGGGGUGCACGGGUGGGAAGCAGGGGUGCAAGGGCUGACAGCAGGGGUGCACGGGUGGGAAGCAGGGGUGCAAGGGCUGACAGCAGGGGUGCACGGGUGGGAAGCAGUGGUGCAAGGGCUGACAGCAGGGGUGCACGGGUGGGAAGCAGGGGUGCAAGGGCUGACAGCAGGGGUGCACGGGUGGGAAGCAGGGGUGCAAGGGCUGACAGCAGGGGUGCACGGGUGGGAAGCAGGGGUGCAAGGGCUGACAGCAGGGGUGCAAGGGUGGAAAGCAGGGGUGCAAGGGCUGACAGCAGGGGUGCAAGGGUGGAAAGCAGGGGUGCAAGGGCUGACAGCAGGGGUGCAAGGGUGGAAAGCAGGGGUGCAAGGGCUGACAGCAGGGGUGCACGGGUGGGAAGCAGGGGUGCAAGGGCUGACAGCAGGGGUGCACGGGUGGGAAGCAGGGGUGCAAGGGCUGACAGCAGGGGUGCACGGGUGGGAAGCAGGGGUGCAAGGGCUGACAGCAGGGGUGCACGGGUGGGAAGCAGUGGUGCAAGGGCUGACAGCAGGGGUGCACGGGUGGGAAGCAGGGGUGCAAGGGCUGACAGCAGGGGUGCACGGGUGGGAAGCAGGGGUGCAAGGGCUGACAGCAGGGGUGCACGGGUGGGAAGCAGGGGUGCAAGGGCUGACAGCAGGGGUGCACGGGUGGGAAGCAGGGGUGCAAGGGCUGACAGCAGGGGUGCAUGGGUGGGAAGCAGGGGUGCAAGGGCUGACAGCAGGGGUGCACGGGUGGGAAGCAGGGGUGCAAGGGCUGACAGCAGGGGUGCACGGGUGGGAAGCAGGGGUGCAAGGGCUGACAGCAGGGGUGCACGGGUGGGAAGCAGGGGUGCAAGGGCUGACAGCAGGGGUGCACGGGUGGGAAGCAGGGGUGCACGGGUGGGAAGCAGGGGUGCACGGGUGGGAAGCAGGGGUGCAAGGGCUGACAGCAGGGGUGCACGGGUGGGAAGCAGGGGUGCAAGGGUUGACAGCAGGGGUGCACGGGUGGGAAGCAGGGGUGCAAGGGCUGACAGCAGGGGUGCACGGGUGGGAAGCAGGGGUGCAAGGGCUGACAGCAGGGGUGCACGGGUGGGAAGCAGGGGUGCACGGGCUGACAGCAGGGGUGCACGGGUGGGAAGCAGGGGUGCAAGGGCUGACAGCAGGGGUGCACGGGUGGGAAGCAGGGGUGCAAGGGCUGACAGCAGGGGUGCACGGGUGGGAAGCAGGGGUGCAAGGGCUGACAGCAGGGGUGCACGGGUGGGAAGCAGGGGUGCAAGGGCUGACAGCAGGGGUGCACGGGUGGGAAGCAGGGGUGCAAGGGCUGACAGCAGGGGUGCACGGGUGGGAAGCAGGGGUGCAAGGGCUGACAGCAGGGGUGCACGGGUGGGAAGCAGGGGUGCAAGGGCUGACAGCAGGGGUGCACGGGUGGGAAGCAGGGGUGCAAGGGCUGACAGCAGGGGUGCACGGGUGGGAAGCAGGGGUGCAAGGGCUGACAGCAGGGGUGCACGGGUGGGAAGCAGGGGUGCAAGGGCUGACAGCAGGGGUGCACGGGUGGGAAGCAGGGGUGCAAGGGCUGACAGCAGGGGUGCACGGGUGGGAAGCAGGGGUGCAAGGGCUGACAGCAGGGGUGCACGGGUGGGAAGCAGGGGUGCAAGGGCUGACAGCAGGGGUGCACGGGUGGGAAGCAGGGGUGCAAGGGCUGACAGCAGGGGUGCACGGGUGGGAAGCAGGGGUGCAAGGGCUGACAGCAGGGGUGCACGGGUGGGAAGCAGGGGUGCAAGGGCUGACAGCAGGGGUGCACGGGUGGGAAGCAGGGGUGCAAGGGCUGACAGCAGGGGUGCACGGGUGGGAAGCAGGGGUGCACGGGCUGACAGCAGGGGUGCACGGGUGGGAAGCAGGGGUGCAAGGGCUGACAGCAGGGGUGCACGGGUGGGAAGCAGGGGUGCAAGGGCUGACAGCAGGGGUGCACGGGUGGGAAGCAGGGGUGCAAGGGCUGACAGCAGGGGUGCACGGGUGGGAAGCAGGGGUGCAAGGGCUGACAGCAGGGGUGCACGGGUGGGAAGCAGGGGUGCAAGGGCUGACAGCAGGGGUGCACGGGUGGGAAGCAGGGGUGCAAGGGCUGACAGCAGGGGUGCACGGGUGGGAAGCAGGGGUGCAAGGGCUGACAGCAGGGGUGCACGGGUGGGAAGCAGGGGUGCAAGGGCUGACAGCAGGGGUGCACGGGUGGGAAGCAGGGGUGCAAGGGUUGACAGCAGGGGUGCACGGGUGGGAAGCAGGGGUGCAAGGGCUGACAGCAGGGGUGCACGGGUGGGAAGCAGGGGUGCAAGGGCUGACAGCAGGGGUGCACGGGUGGGAAGCAGGGGUGCAAGGGCUGACAGCAGGGGUGCACGGGUGGGAAGCAGGGGUGCAAGGGCUGACAGCAGGGGUGCACGGGUGGGAAGCAGGGGUGCAAGGGCUGACAGCAGGGGUGCACGGGUGGGAAGCAGGGGUGCAAGGGCUGACAGCAGGGGUGCACGGGUGGGAAGCAGGGGUGCACGGGCUGACAGCAGGGGUGCACGGGUGGGAAGCAGGGGUGCAAGGGCUGACAGCAGGGGUGCACGGGUGGGAAGCAGGGGUGCAAGGGCUGACAGCAGGGGUGCACGGGUGGGAAGCAGGGGUGCAAGGGCUGACAGCAGGGGUGCACGGGUGGGAAGCAGGGGUGCAAGGGCUGACAGCAGGGGUGCACGGGUGGGAAGCAGGGGUGCAAGGGCUGACAGCAGGGGUGCACGGGUGGGAAGCAGGGGUGCAAGGGCUGACAGCAGGGGUGCACGGGUGGGAAGCAGGGGUGCAAGGGCUGACAGCAGGGGUGCACGGGUGGGAAGCAGGGGUGCAAGGGCUGACAGCAGGGGUGCACGGGUGGGAAGCAGGGGUGCAAGGGCUGACAGCAGGGGUGCACGGGUGGGAAGCAGGGGUGCAAGGGCUGACAGCAGGGGUGCACGGGUGGGAAGCAGGGGUGCAAGGGCUGACAGCAGGGGUGCACGGGUGGGAAGCAGGGGUGCAAGGGCUGACAGCAGGGGUGCACGGGUGGGAAGCAGGGGUGCAAGGGCUGACAGCAGGGGUGCACGGGUGGGAAGCAGGGGUGCAAGGGCUGACAGCAGGGGUGCACGGGUGGGAAGCAGGGGUGCACGGGCUGACAGCAGGGGUGCACGGGUGGGAAGCAGGGGUGCAAGGGCUGACAGCAGGGGUGCACGGGUGGGAAGCAGGGGUGCAAGGGCUGACAGCAGGGGUGCACGGGUGGGAAGCAGGGGUGCAAGGGCUGACAGCAGGGGUGCACGGGUGGGAAGCAGGGGUGCAAGGGCUGACAGCAGGGGUGCACGGGUGGGAAGCAGGGGUGCAAGGGCUGACAGCAGGGGUGCACGGGUGGGAAGCAGGGGUGCAAGGGCUGACAGCAGGGGUGCACGGGUGGGAAGCAGGGGUGCAAGGGCUGACAGCAGGGGUGCACGGGUGGGAAGCAGGGGUGCAAGGGCUGACAGCAGGGGUGCACGGGUGGGAAGCAGGGGUGCAAGGGCUGACAGCAGGGGUGCACGGGUGGGAAGCAGGGGUGCAAGGGUUGACAGCAGGGGUGCACGGGUGGGAAGCAGGGGUGCAAGGGCUGACAGCAGGGGUGCACGGGUGGGAAGCAGGGGUGCAAGGGCUGACAGCAGGGGUGCACGGGUGGGAAGCAGGGGUGCAAGGGCUGACAGCAGGGGUGCACGGGUGGGAAGCAGGGGUGCAAGGGCUGACAGCAGGGGUGCACGGGUGGGAAGCAGGGGUGCAAGGGCUGACAGCAGGGGUGCACGGGUGGGAAGCAGGGGUGCAAGGGCUGACAGCAGGGGUGCACGGGUGGGAAGCAGGGGUGCACGGGCUGACAGCAGGGGUGCACGGGUGGGAAGCAGGGGUGCAAGGGCUGACAGCAGGGGUGCACGGGUGGGAAGCAGGGGUGCAAGGGCUGACAGCAGGGGUGCACGGGUGGGAAGCAGGGGUGCAAGGGCUGACAGCAGGGGUGCACGGGUGGGAAGCAGGGGUGCAAGGGCUGACAGCAGGGGUGCACGGGUGGGAAGCAGGGGUGCAAGGGCUGACAGCAGGGGUGCACGGGUGGGAAGCAGGGGUGCAAGGGCUGACAGCAGGGGUGCACGGGUGGGAAGCAGGGGUGCAAGGGCUGACAGCAGGGGUGCACGGGUGGGAAGCAGGGGUGCAAGGGCUGACAGCAGGGGUGCACGGGUGGGAAGCAGGGGUGCAAGGGCUGACAGCAGGGGUGCACGGGUGGGAAGCAGGGGUGCAAGGGCUGACAGCAGGGGUGCACGGGUGGGAAGCAGGGGUGCAAGGGCUGACAGCAGGGGUGCACGGGUGGGAAGCAGGGGUGCAAGGGCUGACAGCAGGGGUGCACGGGUGGGAAGCAGGGGUGCAAGGGCUGACAGCAGGGGUGCAUGGGUGGGAAGCAGGGGUGCAAGGGCUGACAGCAGGGGUGCACGGGUGGGAAGCAGGGGUGCAAGGGCUGACAGCAGGGGUGCACGGGUGGGAAGCAGGGGUGCAAGGGCUGACAGCAGGGGUGCACGGGUGGGAAGCAGGGGUGCAAGGGCUGACAGCAGGGGUGCAAGGGUGGAAAGCAGGGGUGCAAGGGCUGACAGCAGGGGUGCAAGGGUGGAAAGCAGGGGUGCAAGGGCUGACAGCAGGGGUGCACGGGUGGGAAGCAGGGGUGCAAGGGCUGACAGCAGGGGUGCACGGGUGGGAAGCAGGGGUGCAAGGGCUGACAGCAGGGGUGCACGGGUGGGAAGCAGGGGUGCAAGGGCUGACAGCAGGGGUGCAUGGGUGGGAAGCAGGGGUGCAAGGGCUGACAGCAGGGGUGCACGGGUGGGAAGCAGGGGUGCAAGGGCUGACAGCAGGGGUGCACGGGUGGGAAGCAGGGGUGCAAGGGUUGACAGCAGGGGUGCACGGGUGGGAAGCAGGGGUGCAAGGGCUGACAGCAGGGGUGCACGGGUGGGAAGCAGGGGUGCAAGGGCUGACAGCAGGGGUGCACGGGUGGGAAGCAGGGGUGCAAGGGCUGACAGCAGGGGUGCACGGGUGGGAAGCAGGGGUGCAAGGGCUGACAGCAGGGGUGCACGGGUGGGAAGCAGGGGUGCAAGGGCUGACAGCAGGGGUGCACGGGUGGGAAGCAGGGGUGCAAGGGCUGACAGCAGGGGUGCACGGGUGGGAAGCAGGGGUGCAAGGGCUGACAGCAGGGGUGCACGGGUGGGAAGCAGGGGUGCAAGGGCUGACAGCAGGGGUGCACGGGUGGGAAGCAGGGGUGCACGGGCUGACAGCAGGGGUGCACGGGUGGGAAGCAGGGGUGCAAGGGCUGACAGCAGGGGUGCACGGGUGGGAAGCAGGGGUGCAAGGGCUGACAGCAGGGGUGCACGGGUGGGAAGCAGGGGUGCAAGGGCUGACAGCAGGGGUGCACGGGUGGGAAGCAGGGGUGCAAGGGCUGACAGCAGGGGUGCACGGGUGGGAAGCAGGGGUGCAAGGGCUGACAGCAGGGGUGCACGGGUGGGAAGCAGGGGUGCAAGGGCUGACAGCAGGGGUGCACGGGUGGGAAGCAGGGGUGCAAGGGCUGACAGCAGGGGUGCACGGGUGGGAAGCAGGGGUGCAAGGGCUGACAGCAGGGGUGCACGGGUGGGAAGCAGGGGUGCAAGGGCUGACAGCAGGGGUGCACGGGUGGGAAGCAGGGGUGCAAGGGCUGACAGCAGGGGUGCACGGGUGGGAAGCAGGGGUGCAAGGGCUGACAGCAGGGGUGCACGGGUGGGAAGCAGGGGUGCAAGGGCUGACAGCAGGGGUGCACGGGUGGGAAGCAGGGGUGCAAGGGCUGACAGCAGGGGUGCAUGGGUGGGAAGCAGGGGUGCAAGGGCUGACAGCAGGGGUGCACGGGUGGGAAGCAGGGGUGCAAGGGCUGACAGCAGGGGUGCACGGGUGGGAAGCAGGGGUGCAAGGGCUGACAGCAGGGGUGCACGGGUGGGAAGCAGGGGUGCAAGGGCUGACAGCAGGGGUGCAAGGGUGGAAAGCAGGGGUGCAAGGGCUGACAGCAGGGGUGCAAGGGUGGAAAGCAGGGGUGCAAGGGCUGACAGCAGGGGUGCACGGGUGGGAAGCAGGGGUGCAAGGGCUGACAGCAGGGGUGCACGGGUGGGAAGCAGGGGUGCAAGGGCUGACAGCAGGGGUGCACGGGUGGGAAGCAGGGGUGCAAGGGCUGACAGCAGGGGUGCAUGGGUGGGAAGCAGGGGUGCAAGGGCUGACAGCAGGGGUGCACGGGUGGGAAGCAGGGGUGCAAGGGCUGACAGCAGGGGUGCACGGGUGGGAAGCAGGGGUGCAAGGGCUGACAGCAGGGGUGCACGGGUGGGAAGCAGGGGUGCAAGGGCUGACAGCAGGGGUGCACGGGUGGGAAGCAGGGGUGCACGGGUGGGAAGCAGGGGUGCACGGGUGGGAAGCAGGGGUGCAAGGGCUGACAGCAGGGGUGCACGGGUGGGAAGCAGGGGUGCAAGGGUUGACAGCAGGGGUGCACGGGUGGGAAGCAGGGGUGCAAGGGCUGACAGCAGGGGUGCACGGGUGGGAAGCAGGGGUGCAAGGGCUGACAGCAGGGGUGCACGGGUGGGAAGCAGGGGUGCACGGGCUGACAGCAGGGGUGCACGGGUGGGAAGCAGGGGUGCAAGGGCUGACAGCAGGGGUGCACGGGUGGGAAGCAGGGGUGCAAGGGCUGACAGCAGGGGUGCACGGGUGGGAAGCAGGGGUGCAAGGGCUGACAGCAGGGGUGCACGGGUGGGAAGCAGGGGUGCAAGGGCUGACAGCAGGGGUGCACGGGUGGGAAGCAGGGGUGCACGGGCUGACAGCAGGGGUGCACGGGUGGGAAGCAGGGGUGCAAGGGCUGACAGCAGGGGUGCACGGGUGGGAAGCAGGGGUGCAAGGGCUGACAGCAGGGGUGCACGGGUGGGAAGCAGGGGUGCAAGGGCUGACAGCAGGGGUGCACGGGUGGGAAGCAGGGGUGCAAGGGCUGACAGCAGGGGUGCACGGGUGGGAAGCAGGGGUGCAAGGGCUGACAGCAGGGGUGCACGGGUGGGAAGCAGGGGUGCAAGGGCUGACAGCAGGGGUGCACGGGUGGGAAGCAGGGGUGCAAGGGCUGACAGCAGGGGUGCACGGGUGGGAAGCAGGGGUGCAAGGGCUGACAGCAGGGGUGCACGGGUGGGAAGCAGGGGUGCAAGGGCUGACAGCAGGGGUGCACGGGUGGGAAGCAGGGGUGCAAGGGCUGACAGCAGGGGUGCACGGGUGGGAAGCAGGGGUGCAAGGGCUGACAGCAGGGGUGCACGGGUGGGAAGCAGGGGUGCAAGGGCUGACAGCAGGGGUGCACGGGUGGGAAGCAGGGGUGCAAGGUCUGACAGCAGGGGUGCACGGGUGGGAAGCAGGGGUGCACGGGCUGACAGCAGGGGUGCACGGGUGGGAAGCAGGGGUGCAAGGGCUGACAGCAGGGGUGCACGGGUGGGAAGCAGGGGUGCAAGGGCUGACAGCAGGGGUGCACGGGUGGGAAGCAGGGGUGCAAGGGCUGACAGCAGGGGUGCACGGGUGGGAAGCAGGGGUGCAAGGGCUGACAGCAGGGGUGCACGGGUGGGAAGCAGGGGUGCACGGGCUGACAGCAGGGGUGCACGGGUGGGAAGCAGGGGUGCAAGGGCUGACAGCAGGGGUGCACGGGUGGGAAGCAGGGGUGCAAGGGCUGACAGCAGGGGUGCACGGGUGGGAAGCAGUGGUGCAAGGGCUGACAGCAGGGGUGCACGGGUGGGAAGCAGGGGUGCAAGGGCUGACAGCAGGGGUGCACGGGUGGGAAGCAGGGGUGCAAGGGCUGACAGCAGGGGUGCACGGGUGGGAAGCAGGGGUGCAAGGGCUGACAGCAGGGGUGCACGGGUGGGAAGCAGGGGUGCAAGGGCUGACAGCAGGGGUGCACGGGUGGGAAGCAGGGGUGCAAGGGCUGACAGCAGGGGUGCACGGGUGGGAAGCAGGGUUGCAAGGGCUGACAGCAGGGGUGCACGGGUGGGAAGCAGGGGUGCAAGGGCUGACAGCAGGGGUGCACGGGUGGGAAGCAGGGGUGCACGGGCUGACAGCAGGGGUGCACGGGUGGGAAGCAGGGGUGCAAGGGCUGACAGCAGGGGUGCACGGGUGGGAAGCAGGGGUGCAAGGGCUGACAGCAGGGGUGCACGGGUGGGAAGCAGUGGUGCAAGGGCUGACAGCAGGGGUGCACGGGUGGGAAGCAGGGGUGCAAGGGCUGACAGCAGGGGUGCACGGGUGGGAAGCAGGGGUGCAAGGGCUGACAGCAGGGGUGCACGGGUGGGAAGCAGGGGUGCAAGGGCUGACAGCAGGGGUGCACGGGUGGGAAGCAGGGGUGCAAGGGCUGACAGCAGGGGUGCACGGGUGGGAAGCAGGGGUGCAAGGGCUGACAGCAGGGGUGCACGGGUGGGAAGCAGGGGUGCAAGGGCUGACAGCAGGGGUGCACGGGUGGGAAGCAGGGGUGCAAGGGCUGACAGCAGGGGUGCACGGGUGGGAAGCAGGGGUGCAAGGGCUGACAGCAGGGGUGCACGGGUGGGAAGCAGGGGUGCAAGGGCUGACAGCAGGGGUGCACGGGUGGGAAGCAGGGGUGCAAGGGCUGACAGCAGGGGUGCACGGGUCGGAAGCAGGGGUGCAAGGGCUGACAGCAGGGGUGCACGGGUGGGAAGCAGGGGUGCAAGGGCUGACAGCAGGGGUGCACGGGUGGGAAGCAGGGGUGCAAGGGCUGACAGCAGGGGUGCACGGGUGGGAAGCAGGGGUGCAAGGGGUGACAGCAGGGGUGCACGGGUGGGAAGCAGGGGUGCACGGGUGGGAAGCAGGGGUGCACGGGUGGGAAGCAGGGGUGCACGGGUGGGAAGCAGGGGUGCACGGGUGGGAAGCAGGGGUGCACGGGUGGGAAGCAGGGGUGCAAGGGCUGACAGCAGGGGUGCACGGGUGGGAAGCAGGGGUGCAAGGGCUGACAGCAGGGGUGCACGGGUGGGAAGCAGGGGUGCAAGGGCUGACAGCAGGGGUGCACGGGUGGGAAGCAGGGGUGCAAGGGCUGACAGCAGGGGUGCACGGGUGGGAAGCAGGGGUGCAAGGGCUGACAGCAGGGGUGCACGGGUGGGAAGCAGGGUUGCAAGGGCUGACAGCAGGGGUGCACGGGUGGGAAGCAGGGGUGCAAGGGCUGACAGCAGGGGUGCACGGGUGGGAAGCAGGGGUGCACGGGCUGACAGCAGGGGUGCACGGGUGGGAAGCAGGGGUGCAAGGGCUGACAGCAGGGGUGCACGGGUGGGAAGCAGGGGUGCAAGGGCUGACAGCAGGGGUGCACGGGUGGGAAGCAGUGGUGCAAGGGCUGACAGCAGGGGUGCACGGGUGGGAAGCAGGGGUGCAAGGGCUGACAGCAGGGGUGCACGGGUGGGAAGCAGGGGUGCAAGGGCUGACAGCAGGGGUGCACGGGUGGGAAGCAGGGGUGCAAGGGCUGACAGCAGGGGUGCACGGGUGGGAAGCAGGGGUGCAAGGGCUGACAGCAGGGGUGCACGGGUGGGAAGCAGGGGUGCAAGGGCUGACAGCAGGGGUGCACGGGUGGGAAGCAGGGGUGCAAGGGCUGACAGCAGGGGUGCACGGGUGGGAAGCAGGGGUGCAAGGGCUGACAGCAGGGGUGCACGGGUGGGAAGCAGGGGUGCAAGGGCUGACAGCAGGGGUGCACGGGUGGGAAGCAGGGGUGCAAGGGCUGACAGCAGGGGUGCACGGGUGGGAAGCAGGGGUGCAAGGGCUGACAGCAGGGGUGCACGGGUCGGAAGCAGGGGUGCAAGGGCUGACAGCAGGGGUGCACGGGUGGGAAGCAGGGGUGCAAGGGCUGACAGCAGGGGUGCACGGGUGGGAAGCAGGGGUGCAAGGGCUGACAGCAGGGGUGCACGGGUGGGAAGCAGGGGUGCAAGGGGUGACAGCAGGGGUGCACGGGUGGGAAGCAGGGGUGCACGGGUGGGAAGCAGGGGUGCACGGGUGGGAAGCAGGGGUGCACGGGUGGGAAGCAGGGGUGCACGGGUGGGAAGCAGGGGUGCACGGGUGGGAAGCAGGGGUGCACGGGUGGGAAGCAGGGGUGCACGGGUGGGAAGCAGGGGUGCACGGGUGGGAAGCAGGGGUGCACGGGUGGGAAGCAGGGUGCACGGGUGGGAAGCAGGGGUGCACGGGUGGGAAGCAGGGGUGCACGGGUGGGAAGCAGGGGUGCACGGGUGGGAAGCAGGGUGCACGGGUGGGAAGCAGGGGUGCACGGGUGGGAAGCAGGGGUGCACGGGUGGGAAGCAGGGGUGCACGGGUGGGAAGCAGGGGUGCACGGGUGGGAAGCAGGGGUGCACGGGUGGGAAGCAGGGGUGCACGGGUGGGAAGCAGGGGUGCACGGGUGGGAAGCAGGGGUGCACGGGUGGGAAGCAGGGGUGCACGGGUGGGAAGCAGGGGUGCACGGGUGGGAAGCAGGGGUGCACGGGUGGGAAGCAGGGGGUGCACGGGUGGGAAGCAGGGGUGCACGGGUGGGAAGCAGGGGUGCACGGGUGGGAAGCAGGGGUGCACGGGUGGGAAGCAGGGGUGCACGGGUGGGAAGCAGGGGUGCACGGGUGGGAAGCAGGGGUGCACGGGUGGGAAGCAGGGGUGCACGGGUGGGAAGCAGGGGUGCACGGGUGGGAAGCAGGGGUGCACGGGUGGGAAGCAGGGGUGCACGGGUGGGAAGCAGGGGUGCACGGGUGGGAAGCAGGGGUGCACGGGUGGGAAGCAGGGGUGCACGGGUGGGAAGCAGGGGUGCACGGGUGGGAAGCAGGGGUGCACGGGUGGGAAGCAGGGUGCACGGGUGGGAAGCAGGGGUGCACGGGUGGGAAGCAGGGGUGCACGGGUGGAAGCAGGGGUGCACGGGUGGGAAGCAGGGGUGCACGGGUGGGAAGCAGGGGUGCACGGGUGGGAAGCAGGGGUGCACGGGUGGGAAGCAGGGGUGCACGGGUGGGAAGCAGGGGUGCACGGGUGGGAAGCAGGGGUGCACGGGUGGGAAGCAGGGGUGCACGGGUGGGAAGCAGGGGUGCACGGGUGGGAAGCAGGGGUGCACGGGUGGGAAGCAGGGGUGCACGGGUGGGAAGCAGGGGUGCACGGGUGGGAAGCAGGGGUGCACGGGUGGGAAGCAGGGGUGCACGGGUGGGAAGCAGGGGUGCAACGGGUGGGAAGCAGGGGUGCCACGGGUGGGAAGCAGGGGUGCACGGGUGGGAAGCAGGGGUGCACGGGUGGGAAGCAGGGGUGCACGGGUGGGAAGCAGGGGUGCACGGGUGGGAAGCAGGGGUGCACGGGUGGGAAGCAGGGGUGCACGGGUGGGAAGCAGGGGUGCACGGGUGGGAAGCAGGGGUGCACGGGUGGGAAGCAGGGGUGCACGGGUGGGAAGCAGGGGUGCACGGGUGGGAAGCAGGGGUGCACGGGUGGGAAGCAGGGGUGCACGGGUGGGAAGCAGGGGUGCACGGGUGGGAAGCAGGGGUGCACGGGUGGGAAGCAGGGGUGCACGGGUGGGAAGCAGGGGUGCACGGGUGGGAAGCAGGGGUGCACGGGUGGGAAGCAGGGGUGCACGGGUGGGAAGCAGGGGUGCACGGGUGGGAAGCAGGGGUGCACGGGUGGGAAGCAGGGGUGCACGGGUGGGAAGCAGGGGUGCACGGGUGGGAAGCAGGGGUGCACGGGUGGGAAGCAGGGGUGCACGGGUGGGAAGCAGGGGUGCACGGGUGGGAAGCAGGGGUGCACGGGUGGGAAGCAGGGGUGCACGGGUGGGAAGCAGGGGUGCACGGGUGGGAAGCAGGGGUGCACGGGUGGGAAGCAGGGGUGCACGGGUGGGAAGCAGGGGUGCACGAGGGUGGGAAGCAGGGGUGCACGGGUGGGGGAAGCAUGGGUGCACGGGUGGGAAGCAGGGGUGCAAGGGUGGGAAGCAGGGGUGCAGAGGGUGGGAAGCAGGGGUGCCCGGGUGGGAAGCAGGGGUGCACUGGGUGGGAAGCAGGGGUGCACGGGUGGGAAGCAUGGGUGCACGGGUGGGAAGAAGGGGUGCACGGGUGGGAAGCAGGGGUGCACGGGUGGGAAGCAGGGGUGCACGGGUGGAAGCAGGGGUGCACGGGUGGGAAGCAGGGGUGCACGGGUGGGAAGCAGGGUGCACGGUGGAAGCGGGGUGCACGGGUGGAAGCAGGGGUGCACGGGUGGGAAGCAGGGGUGCACGGGUGGGACAGCACGAGCGGUUGCACGGUUGGGAAGCAGGGGUGCACGGGUGGGAAGCAGGGGUGCACGGGUGGGAAGCAGGGGUGCAGGGUGGGAAGCAGGGGUGCACGGGGUGCACGGGUGGGAAGCAGGGGUGCACGGGUGGGAAGCAGGGGUGCACGGGUGGGAAGCAGGGGUGCACGGGUGGGAAGCAGGGGUGCACGGGUGGGAAGCAGGGUGUGCACGGGUGGGAAGCAGGGGUGCACGGGUGGGAAGCCAGGGGUGCACGGGUGGGACGCAGGGGGUGCACGGGUGGGAAGCAGGGGUGCACGGGUGGGAAGCAGGGGUGCACGGGUGGGAAGCAGGGGUGCACGGGUGGGAAGCAGGGGUGCACGGUGGGAAGCAGGGGUGCACGGGUGGGAAGCAGGGGUGCACGUGGUGGGAAGCAGGGGUGCACGGGUGGAAGCAGGGGUGCACGGGUGGGAAGCAGGGUGCACGGGUGGGAAGCAGGGGGUGCACGGGUGGGAAGCAGGGGUGCACGGGGUGGGAAGCAGGGGUGCACGGGUGGGAAGCAGGGGUGGCACGGGUGGGCAUGGGGUGCACGGGUGGGAAGCAGGGGUGCACGGGUGGGAAGCAGGGGUGCACGGGUGGGAAGCAGGGGUGCACGGGUGGGAAGCAGGGGUGCACGGGUGGGAAGCAGGGGUGCAAAGGGGUGCACGGGUGGGAAGCAGGGGUGCACGGGUGGGAAGCAGGGGUGCACGGGUGGGAAGCAGGGGUGCACGGGUGGGAAGCAGGGGUGCACGGGUGGGAAGCAGGGGUGCACGGGUGGGAAGCAGGGGUGCACGGGUGGGAAGCAGGGGUGCACGGGUGGGAAGCAGGGGUGCACGGGUGGGAAGCAGGGGUGCACGGGUGGGAAGCAGGGGUGCACGGGUGGGAAGCAGGGGUGCACGGGUGGGAAGCAGGGGUGCACGGGUGGGAAGCAGGGGUGCACGGGUGGGAAGCAGGGGUGCACGGGUGGGAAGCAGGGGUGCACGGGUGGGAAGCAGGGGUGCACGGGUGGGAAGCAGGGGUGCACGGGUGGGAAGCAGGGGUGCACGGGUGGGAAGCAGGGGUGCACGGGUGGGAAGCAGGGGUGCACGGGUGGGAAGCAGGGGUGCACGGGUGGGAAGCAGGGGUGCACGGGUGGGAAGCAGGGGUGCACGGGUGGGUGAAGCAGGGUGCACGGGUGGGAAGCAGGGGUGCACGGGUGGAAGCAGGGGUGCACGGGUGGGAAGCAGGGGUGCACGGGUGGGAAGCAGGGGUUGCACGGUUGGGAAGCAGGGGUGCACGGGUGGGAAGCAGGGGUGCACGGGUGGGAAGCAGGGGUGCACGGGUGGGAAGCAGGGGUGCACGGGUGGAAGCAGGGGUGCACGGGUGGGAAGCAGGGUGCACGGUGGGAAGCAGGGGUGCACGGGUGGGAAGCAGGGGUGCAACGGGUGGGAAGCAGGGGUGCACGGGUGGGAAGCAGGGGUGCACGGGUGGGAAGCAGGGGUGCCACGGGUGGGAAGGGAAGCAGGGGUGCACGGGUGGGAAGCAGGGGUGCACGGGUGGGAAGCAGGGGUGCACGGGUGGGAAGCAGGGGUGCACGGGUGGGAAGCAGGGGUGCACGGGUGGGAAGCAGGGGUGCACGGGUGGGAAGCAGGGGUGCACGGGUGGGAAGCAGGGGUGCACGGGUGGGAAGCAGGGGUGCACGGGUGGGAAGCAGGGGUGCACGGGGUGGGGAAGCAGGGGUGCACGGGUGGGAAGCAGGGGUGCACGGGUGGGAAGCAGGGGUGCACGGGUGGGAAGCAGGGGUGCACGGGUGGGAAGCAGGGGUGCACGGGUGGGAAGCAGGGGUGCACGGGUGGAAGCAGGGGUGCACGGGUGGGAAGCAGGGGUGCACGGGUGGGAAGCAGGGGUGCACGGGUGGGAAGCAGGGGUGCACGGGUGGGAAGCAGGGGUGCACGGGUGGGAAGCAGGGGUGCACGGGUGGGAAGCAGGGGUGCACGGGUGGGAAGCAGGGGUGCACGGGUGGGAAGCAGGGGUGCACGGGUGGGAAGCAGGGGUGCAAGGGUGGGAAGCAGGGGUGCACGGGUGGGAAGCAGGGGUGCACGGGUGGAAGCAGGGGUGCACGGGUGGGAAGCAGGGGUGCACGGGUGGGAAGCAGGGGUGCACGGGUGGGAAGCAGGGGUGCACGGGUGGGAAGCAGGGGUGCACGGUGGGAAGCAGGGGUGCACGGGUGGGAAGCAGGGGUGCACGGGGUGGGAAGCAGGGUGCACGGGUGGGAAGCAGGGGUGCACGGGUGGGAAGCAGGGGUGCACGGGUGGGAAGCAGGGUGCACGGUGGGAAGCAGGGGUGCACGGGUGGGAAGCAGGGGGUGCACGGGUGGGAAGCAGGGGUGCACGGGUGGGAAGCAGGGUGCACGGGUGGGAAGCAGGGGUGCACGGGUGGGAAGCAGGGGUGCACGGGUGGGAAGCAGGGGUGCACGGGUGGGAAGCAGGGUGCACGGGUGGAAGCAGGGGUGCACGGGUGGGAAGCAGGGGUGCACGGGUGGGAAGCAGGGGUGCACGGGGUGGAAGCCGGGGUGCAACGGGGUGGGAAGCAGGGGUGCACGGGUGGGAAGCAGGGGUGCACGGGUGGGAAGCAGGGGUGCACGGGUGGGAAGCAGGGGUGCACGGGUGGGAAGCAGGGGUGCACGGGUGGGAAGCAGGGGUGCACGGGUGGAAGCAGGGCGUGCACGGGUGGGAAGCAGGGGUGCACGGUGGGAAGCAGGGGUGCACGGGUGGGAAGCAGGGGUGCACGGGUGGGAAGCAGGGGUGCACGGGUGGGAAGCAGGGGUGCACGGGUGGGAAGCAGGGGUGCACGGGUGGGAAGCAGGGGUGCACGGGUGGGAAGCAGGGGUGCACGGGUGGGAAGCAGGGGUGCACGGGUGGGAAGCAGGGGUGCACGGUGGGAAGCAGGGGUGCACGGGUGGGAAGCAGGGGUGCACGGGUGGGAAGCAGGGGUGCACGGUGAAGGGAAGCAGGGGUGCACGGGUGGGAAGCAGGGGUGCACGGGUGGGAAAGCAGGGUGCACGGGUGGGAAGCAGGGGUGCACGGGUGGGAAGCAGGGGUGCACGGGUGGGAAGCAGGGGUGCACGGGUGGGAAGCAGGGGUGCACGGGUGGGAAGCAGGGGUGCACGGGUGGGAAGCAGGGGUGCACGGGUGGGAAGCAGGGGUGCACGGGUGGGAAGCAGGGGUUGCACGGGUGGGAAGCAGGGGUGCACGGGUGGGAAGCAGGGGUGCACGGGUGGGAAGCAGGGGUGCACGGGUGGGAAGCAGGGGUGCACGGGUGGGAAGCAGGGGUGCACGGGUGGGAAGCCGGGAGUGCACGGGUGGGAAGCAGGGGUGCACGGGUGGGGAAGCAGGGGUGCACGGGUGGGAAGCAGGGGUGCCGGGUGGGAAGCAGGGGUGCACGGGUGGGAAGCAGGGGUGCACGGGUGGGAAGCAGGGUGCACGGGUGGGAAGCAGGGGUGCACGGGUGGGAAGCAGGGGUGCACGGGUGGGAAGCAGGGGUGCACGGGUGGGAAGCAGGGGUGCACGGGUGGGAAGCAGGGGUGCACCGGGGGUGGGAAGCAGGGGUGCACGGGUGGGAAGCAGGGGUGCACGGGUGGGAAGCAGGGGUGCACGGGUGGGAAGCAGGGGUGCACGGUGGGAAGCAGGGGUGCACGGGUGGGAAGCAGGGGUGCACGGGUGGGAAGCAGGGGUGCACGGGUGGGAAGCAGGGGUGCACGGGUGGGAAGCAGGGGGUGCACGGGUGGGAAGCAGGGGUGCACGGGUGGGAAGCAGGGGUGCACGGGUGGGAAGCAGGGGUGCACGGGUGGGAAGCAGGGGUGCACGGGUGGAAGCAGGGGUGCACGGGUGGGAAGCAGGGGUGCACGGGUGGGAAGCAGGGGCACGGGUGGGAAGCAGGGUGUGCACGGGGUGGGAAGCAGGGGUGCACGGGUGGGAAGCAGGGGUGCACGGGUGGGAAGCAGGGGUGCACGGGUGGGAAGCAGGGGUGCACGGGUGGGAAGCAGGGGUGCAGGAGGGAAGCAGGGAGUGCCCUGGGUGGAGCAGGGUGCACGGGUGGGAAGCAGGGGUGCACGGGUGGGAAGCAGGGGUGCACGGGUGGGAAGCAGGGGUGCACGGGUGGGAAGCAGGGGUGCACGGGUGGGAAGCAGGGGUGCACGGGUGGGAAGGCAGGGGUGCACGGGUGGGAAGCAGGGGUGCACGGGGUGCACGGGUGGGAAGCAGGGGUGCACGGGUGGGAAGCAGGGGUGCACGGGUGGAAGCAGGGGUGCACGGGUGGGAAGCAGGGGUUGCACGGGUGGGAAGCAGGGGUGCACGGGUGGGAAGCAGGGGUGCAGGGUGGGAAGCAGGGGUGCACGGGUGGGAAGCAGGGGUGCACGGGUGGGAAGCAGGGGUGCACGGGUGGGAAGCAGGGGUGCACGGGUGGGAAGCAGGGGUGCACGGGUGGGAAGCAGGGGUGCACGGGUGGGAAGCAGGGGUGCACGGGUGGGAAGCAGGGGUGCACGGGUGGGAAGCAGGGGUGCACGGGUGGGAAGCAGGGGUGCACGGGUGGGAAGCAGGGGUGCACGGGUGGGAAGCAGGGUGGCACGGGUGGGAAGCAGGGGUGCACGGGUGGGAAGCAGGGGUGCACCGGGUGGGAAGCAGGGGUGCACGGGUGGGAAGCAGGGGUGCACGGGUGGGAAGCAGGGGUGCACGGGUGGGAAGCAGGGUGCACGGGUGGGAAGCAGGGGUGCACGGGUGGGAAGCAGGGGUGCACGGGUGGGAAGCAGGGGUGCACGGGUGGGAAGCAGGGGUGCACGGGUGGGAAGCAGGGGUGCACGGGUUGGGAAGCAGGGGUGCACGGGUGGGAAGCAGGGGUGCACGGGUGGGAAGCAGGGGUGCACGGGUGGGAAGCAGGGGUGCACGGGUGGGAAGCAGGGGUGCACGGGUGGGAAGCAGGGGUGCACGGGUGGGAAGCAGGGGUGCACGGGUGGGAAGCAGGGGUGCACGGGUGGGAAGCAGGGGUGCACGGGUGGGAAGCAGGGGUGCACGGGUGGGAAGCAGGGGUGCACGGGUGGGAAGCAGGGGUGCACGGGUGGGAAGCAGGGGUGCACGGGUGGGAAGCAGGGGUGCACGGGUGGGAAGCAGGGGUGCACGGGUGGGAAGCAGGGGUGCACGGGUGGGAAGCAGGGGUGCACGGGUGGGAAGCAGGGGUGCACGGGUGGGAAGCAGGGGUGCACGGGUGGGAAGCAGGGGUGCACGGGUGGGAAGCAGGGGUGCACGGGUGGGAAGCCAGGGGUGCACGGGUGGGAAGCAGGGGUGCACGGGUGGGAAGCAGGGGUGCACGGGUGGGAAGCAGGGGUGCACGGGUGGGAAGCAGGGGGUGCACGGGUGGGAAGCAGGGGUGCACGGGUGGGAAGCAGGGGUGCACGGGUGGGAAGCAGGGGUGCACGGGUGGGAAGCAGGGGGUGCACGGGUGGGAAGCAGGGGUGCACGGUGGGAAGCAGGGGUGCACGGGUGGGAAGCAGGGGUGCACGGGUGGGAAGCAGGGGUGCACGGGUGGGAAGCAGGGGUGCACGGGUGGGAAGCAGGGGUGCACGGGUGGGAAGCAGGGGUGCACGGGUGGGAAGCAGGGGUGCACGGGUGGGAAGCAGGGGUGCACGGGUGGGAAGCAGGGGUGCACGGGUGGGAAGCAGGGGUGCACGGGUGGGAAGCAGGGGGUGCACGGGUGGGAAGCAGGGGUGCACGGGUGGGAAGCAGGGGUGCACGGGUGGGAAGCAGGGGUGCACGGGUGGGAAGCAGGGGUGCACGGGUGGGAAGCAGGGGUGCACGGGUGGGAAGCAGGGGUGCACGGGUGGGAAGCAGGGGUGCACGGGUGGGAAGCAGGGGUGCACGGGUGGGAAGCAGGGGUGCACGGGUGGGAAGCAGGGGUGCACGGGUGGGAAGCAGGGGUGCACGGGUGGGAAGCAGGGGUGCACGGGUGGGAAGCAGGGGUGCACGGGUGGGAAGCAGGGGUGCACGGGUGGGAAGCAGGGGUGCACGGGUGGGAAGCAGGGGUGCACGGGUGGGAAGCAGGGGUGCACGGGUGGGAAGCAGGGGUGCACGGGUGGGAAGCAGGGGUGCACGGGUGGGAAGCAGGGUGCACGGGUGGGAAGCAGGGGUGCACGGGUGGGAAGCAGGGGUGCACGGGUGGGAAGCAGGGGUGCACGGGUGGGAAGCAGGGGUGCACGGGUGGGAAGCAGGGGUGCACGGGUGGGAAGCAGGGGUGCACGGGUGGGAAGCAGGGGUGCACGGGUGGGAAGCAGGGGUGCACGGGUGGGAAGCAGGGGUGCACGGGUGGGAAGCAGGGGUGCACGGGUGGGAAGCAGGGGUGCACGGGUGGGAAGCAGGGGUGCACGGGUGGGAAGCAGGGGUGCACGGGUGGGAAGCAGGGGUGCACGGGUGGGAAGCAGGGGUGCACGGGUGGGAAGCAGGGGUGCACGGGUGGGAAGCAGGGGUGCACGGGUGGGAAGCAGGGGUGCACGGGUGGGAAGCAGGGGUGCACGGGUGGGAAGCAGGGGUGCACGGGUGGGAAGCAGGGGUGCACGGGUGGGAAGCAGGGGUGCACGGGUGGGAAGCAGGGGUGCACGGGUGGGAAGCAGGGGUGCACGGGGUGGGAAGCAGGGGUGCACGGGUGGGAAGCAGGGGUGCACGGGUGGGAAGCAGGGGUGCACGGGUGGGAAGCAGGGGUGCACGGGUGGGAAGCAGGGGUGCACGGGUGGGAAGCAGGGGUGCACGGGUGGGAAGCAGGGGUGCACGGGUGUUCCGGGUGGGAAGCAGGGGUGCACGGGUGGGAAGCAGGGGUGCACGGGUGGGAAGCAGGGGUGCACGGGUGGGAAGCAGGGGUGCACGGGUGGGAAGCAGGGGUGCACGGGUGGGAAGCAGGGGUGCACGGGUGGGAAGCAGGGGUGCACGGGUGGGAAGCAGGGGUGCACGGGUGGGAAGCAGGGGUGCACGGGUGGGAAGCAGGGGUGCACGGGUGGGAAGCAGGGGUGCACGGGUGGGAAGCAGGGGUGCACGGGUGGGAAGCAGGGGUGCACGGGUGGGAAGCAGGGGUGCACGGGUGGGAAGCAGGGGUGCACGGGUGGGAAGCAGGGGUGCACGGGUGGGAAGCAGGGGUGCACGGGUGGGAAGCAGGGGAAGCAGUGCGGGACCAGACGAAACAGUGA